GCUACACGUCAAAUGAUCAUGGCCACCGCAACCCUCGCCACGCAACCGCUGCCGGUCCUCCCUGAGGGCUGGGCUGGCGAGAAAGACUUUAACCCCAUCGGCUCGCUGUCGGCGGCGACGCAGCGGACCAUUGAGCCCGUCGGCCCUCACUUCCUUGCCCAUGCCCGUCGUGCCCGUCACAAGCGCACCUUCUCCGAGGAUGACCGCAUCCAGGCGCAGGAGGCGGCGAAGAAGGUUGAGAGCACCAAUGAUGACGAAAUCAGCGAGCCCGAGGAUCCCAUGGAUCUGCAGAGGGACGCCAAGGACUGGAAGAGCCAAGAUCACUACCAAGUGCUGGGCCUUUCAAAGUACCGCUACAAGGCCACGGAAGAGCAGAUCAAGCGCGCCCACCGCAAGAAGGUGCUCAAGCACCACCCCGACAAGAAGGCGGCCGCGGGCGUAACGGACGACGACAAUUUCUUCAAGUGCAUCCAGAAGGCGCACGAGGUUCUCAUGGAUCCCGUGAAACGACGGCAGUUCGACUCGGUCGACGAGAAGGCCGACGUCGACCCCCCCUCCAAGAAGCAGCUCGCCAAGGGCAACUACUACAAGCUCUGGGGCUCCGUGUUCAAGUCGGAGGGACGCUUCUCCAAGACCACGCCGGUGCCGGAGUUUGGCGACGAAAACGCCACCAAGGAGCAGGUGGACGAGUUCUACAACUUCUGGUACAACUUCGACAGCUGGCGCACGUUCGAGUACCUCGACGAGGACGUCCCCGACGACAACGAGAACCGCGACCAGAAGCGGCACGUCGAGCGCAAGAACACCAACGCGCGGAAGAAGAAGAAGGCCGAGGACAACGCGCGACUCCGCAAGCUGCUGGACGACGCGUCGGCGGGCGACGAGCGCAUCAAGAAGUUCCGGCAGGAGGCGAACGCGGCCAAGAACAAGCGGCGUCUGGAGAAGGAGGCGGCGGAGAAGCGGGCCCUCGAGGAGGCCAAGGCCAAGAAGGAGGCCGAGGAGCGGGCGGCGCAGGAGGCGGAGGCGGCGGCCAAGGCGGAGCGGGAGGCGCAGAAGAAGGCCAAGGAGUCGGCGAAGAACGCGGUCAAGAAGAACAAGCGUGUCCUCAAGGGCUCGGUCAAGGAGGCCAACUACUUCGCGUCGGGCGCGGCGUCGGCGGCGGACGUUGACGCGGUCCUGGGCGACGUGGAGCUGGUGCAGGGCAAGAUCGACCCCGAGGAGAUCGCCGCACUUGCGGGCAAGCUGAACGGGCUCACGGUGGCUGAUGAGAUCAAGAGCGUGUGGAGCGCCGAGGUGAAGCGGCUGGUUGAGGCUGGCAAGCUGAAGGAAGGGGACGCCAAGUCGCUCGCCUGAGUCGGAUGGCGGUCCCUGUAGCGACGACGACAACUGAACUCUCGACACCUUGACAUGUCCCUUUCGUCUAUCUGGUCCCGGGGCGUCUGGUCCCGGGGCACGCGAGUGUCUAAUGACUCGGGGGUGUUCUGCGUUGGCUUUUCUGGAUGGCCUGUUGUCAGCCCCUUUUGGUUUUGCGGGAAAAUAGACGCGGUGACGGAGUUUACACAUGAAGAGACCAAUAAAGAAGAUCCUUCCCAACGUCCGCCGGCGCUGGCAAGUACUGCGGAGCCGCUAUUCAGAGACCUUCUU